AUGCUCGCUGCAAGUGGCUACGUAGACACUUCAAUUGCAUCUGAGAUCGGGCGGGGGUUUGACCUCACCGGUCCCAUCCCCUCGUCGGGGGGCCUCUUCAAGCCUGUUGUUGAGCCUGCGACCAUGUCCAAGGAGUGUCUGCGUGCUGCUGCCCCGGCGGUUCGUGCGGGCAUCUUGCAGGCAACAGCUCGCGCGUGCACAAGCGAACUUGCUCAGGAGGUCCAUGAUCUUACGCAAGACGAGGUGAAAAGGGGGUGGCUCGCUGGCCCCAUUCCCUUGGAACGCUUGAGUCAGACAACGUCUGUGAGCAGACGGUUUGGUGUUGUGCAAAGUUCUGGGGGCAGGCGCAAGGUUAGGCCGAUCGACAAUUUGAGCGAGUCGUUCAUCAACAGCACGGUGUCCCGUGUCGAGUCCAUCCAACCUCAUGGCCUCGAUGUUGUCUGUGCCGCCAUCGCACACAGGCUCCGUGUGCGUGAGCGUGCUGGAAAAGCCACCGUGCCGAUGCUUAAGAUUAUUGACUUGCUCAAAGCCUACAAACAAUUGGGAAUCUCAUCGGAUGCCUUGCAAGAUGCCUUCCUCAGUGUGCCCAAUCCUGAGACAGGCGCGCCGAAUGUUUACGAGUGCCUCGUCUUGCCAUUCGGCGCGGCCGCGUCGGUGGCAGCGUUCUGCAGAACGACGAUGAGCCUAUGGCACUUGGGGUGCGCUCUCCUUCUGCUUCAUUGGACUGUGUUUUAUGACGAUUUCAUUGUGGUCAAUGAGAAGUCGUCUGCUAAGCAUUGUGAACUUGUCUUGAGCAGCUUCUGGAGCUUGCUUGGUUGGUCGGUUUCCCGUGACAAAGAGACCGAGUUCGCUUACUUUGCAAGGGCUCUGGGUGUCAAAAUCUGCUUCCAAUCUGAGCGCAUGUUUGUAGUAGAAAACACUCAGGAACGCAAGGAUGAGCUCAACGAGACAAUCACUGACUUGCUCUCCGCCCAGUGGGUCGAUCAGCAUGCGCUUGCUUCCUUGCGCGGCCGACUACAGUUUGUGGAAGGACAGAUCCACGGCCGUCGGUGUCAUAGGCACAUGCGGGUGCUGUCGCUACGAGCCGAGUUCAUUGGAGGCUCCGCAGUCGACGACGACCUUUGUGAAGCAGCUAAGUCGGCCUUCAUAGCAGCAAGGACCCCUUCGGCGCAGUUUGGCGCUCUGCUGGAGUGGCUUGCAUGCUGGGAAGAAAAGCACAGCACGUUCCCUUGGUUCGAGCGUGUAAGCAGUGCGGCCAACAUAGCAGAUGGCCCGUCAAGAGACAACUUUGGCUUGUUGAAGGGUGUGCAACGCGACGAUUGUGACCUUGCAAUGCUCAUUCUUGAGCUGCAGUGUGGGAUGCCAGAGCUUGCAACUGCUUCGGGGAUAACGGCAAGCUCUGUGUCAUGGUGA